AUCUUCAUUAGCUUUAUAGUUAAUACUCAAAAAUACUUCAAAGUUAUUCUUCAUCUGCGCGCUCAACUCAAAAAAUUUUAAAAGUAAUAUUUACAUUUUUUAGCUUUAAAAAACGCCAACUUUCAUCACCCACUAAAAGACAUUACCACUCAAUCCAGGCUCACUAAAGAAUGAAGGUCACUUUCGGUAUUCUCGUCGCUUUUGUCGCUGCCGCUUCGGCCGCUCCUGCUGAUGCCCAGCCGGCCCUUAUCCCCACUGUCUAUGACUCGGGCUUCUAUGGUGCUGCUCUCGGUCUCUCGGCUGCCCCGGCUCCCGCGCCUGCACCUGCCCCUGCUGGCUAUGAUGCUGGAUCCAGCUACAAUGAUAGCGUGCCUGUUCCCGCCCCUGCUGCAUACGGCGCCCCCGCUCCUGACAACUACUCGGGUCCGGCUCCUGCUUCCUAUGGCGCACCCGCCCCUGCAUCCUACGGCGCACCCGCUCCUGACAACUACUCGGGUCCGGCUCCUGCUUCUUAUGGCGCACCCGCCCAUGCUUCCUACGGCGCACCCGCCCCUGCUUCCUACGGCGCACCCGCCCCUGCUUCCUAUGGCGCACCCGCCCUGCUUCCUACGGCGCACCCGCCCCUGCUUCCUACGGCGCACCCGCCCCUGCUUCCUACGGCGCACCCGCCCCUGCUUCCUACGGCGCACCCGCCCCUGCUUCCUAUGGCGCACCCGCCCAUGCUUCCUAUGGUGCACCCGCCCAUGCUUCCUACGGCGCACCCGCCCCUGGUGCCUAUGACGCUGGUUCAUAUGGUCCUGGUGCACCCGCGGCCUAUGGUGCCAGCUCCAGCAGCGCUGGUGGCUAUGAGUCUGCUACCUAUACCUCGCAGGCUGCAUACCCAUAUGGAAACGUUGCACCCACCCAGGAGUAUGCCUCUGCUACCUCGGCACCAGCAUACACCAUCACCAUGAACAUCCCCGGUUCGACUGUCACCACCGUCGUUCGCGGUCCUGACUGCACUGUCACCGUCACUGACCCUGGAAACGUUAUCACCGGUACUAUCCACGACCCUGAUACCACCCAGACCAUCCACUGCGCCGGCAACACACUCACCAACUUUGUCACUGACCCACCGACCUACGUGACCAAG